AUGGCGUCCUUAUCUCCCGCGGAGGACUCGCCUGAGGCCGUCCCGGAAAAGCCUCCCGAUCGUAGGGUUAGCGGCCUAGACUUCCUUCGAUCAAGCGUAGCUCCAGUCACCCCAGAACCUUUAGUUACCGCUGCUGUUGUUAAUACCGAGGAGUUACCGUCGUCCAGCAAGAAUCCGCAACCGGCCCCCAAUCCCGCGCCUGCUCCAGCGCCGUUCACUCUCCCUCCCGCCAUCGCGUCGUCUAGCAAGGGGCCGCAACCUCCUCCCAAUCCCGCGCCACCACCAGCGCCGUUCACUCUCCCUCCCGCCAUCCCGUCGUCGAGUAAAGCGCCUCCCUCUGCUGUUGGUAGCAGCGGCUGCAACGAUGCCGCUCCCGCGUCCGAGGGUCGUACAGCUAAGAAGGCGCGCACUGUCGUACUCCGCGGGAAGUUUCAGCAGAGCACGUUGACCUUCGGCGGUGUGCGCGUGGCACCACCAAGCGCUCCAGAAGACUCCGAGCCCGAACCAGAGGAACCAGAGGAGAUGCCUGUACGUGCGGACACCAACUCUCCCGUCCUGUCCAAGGCUGAGGUAAUGGAGCAGAAGUACAUAGAGGCGAGUGUUAAAUAUAACACCCAGUGGUUGCCCAAAUUCCCGUGGCUGCUUUUGGUUCGCGCUAAAGACGGUGGUCCCAGUGUGAAGUGCAGCCUGUGUCUCUCGUUCGGCAAGGAGACAACCAAGUACUCAGGUCCAGGCGACGGCGGGCGAGACCUGCAGACGCAGACGAUGCGCAUCCACGAGCACACGACGGUCCACAAGGAGGCGAUGCAGCGUCAGGCAGAGAUUGCGGAGGUGAUUUCGAACGGCCAGACGAAAAUUGAUCGUUUCAUCAACGCGGACGUUGAGGGUAGGCGGGCGAUUGGGCUGAUGAGGUCGGUGCAGUUUCUCUGCCAGGAGGACGCGCCCAUCAGCAUGUUCCCGAAGCUCAUGAGGCAUCUCGCUGAACAGGACACCCCCGACAUACCGAAGCAGGCCUACGGGGUGUACCUCACGAGGGAGGCAUUGGCGGUGAAGGACGCGGCCACGGCUAAUCCUGACCUCGCGAUGGUGGACACCGUGGUGCGCACUCUUGCUGAACGCCUUGGCGCUUCAUGCCACUGGAGCCAGCGCUUCAAGUACCUUCAGCGCGUCAUAUACAACACAAACCUCGAGGUCCAGGGCAUACACAGCGUGCGCUGGCUCUCCCGGGGCGACGCGGUGAAGCGUCUGUGCAAGGUGCUGGGCGCGGCGAUUGUGCUCUUCCACGAGAAGGAGCACGACUUGUACGAGACGGUGACAUCGUACAAGUUUCAGUUCUGCCUCUUCUUCCUCGCUGACAUCCUCGGCGACCUGAAUGAUCUCAACCGUUCGUUUCAGAAGCGGCAGGUCGACGUUACUGAGGUGUCAAAGACCGUGGAGUCCAUCACUGGCGACCUCGAGCACAGGUACCUGGACAAGAAGGCGGACUUCGGUGGUUCCGGCAACGGAUGGCUGCCGAAAUUCCUGGCGCUGUAUGGCAAGAAGUCGGGUCAGACGGUCCGAGUGCGUGGCUCGGAUUCGGAGGGCCGCCCUGUGAACCACUCGUACAUCCUGCACGAGAGGAAGCUCAAGGACCAUAAGUACAAGAGCGGCUACAAGGCGUGCGUGAAGCUGUGUCGCAAGUUCGCGACGGACGUCGUCGAUUGUCUCCUGUUUCGCCUGGACGACCUGCGGGGGAUGGGUCCAACGAAGCUGUUUCGCGCGUCUCAGUGGCCCAAGAGCAAGCACGCACGAGACCGCAAGUGCCAGGACUGGCUGACUGGCUGCGCCGCUCUGUUCAAGAACAAGCUGCCGGGGUUUGAUCACAAGAAAGCGUCGCAGGAGCUGGCAACCUGGUGCCCAAUCAUGGAGUCUCACCACGAGGACGAGUCAUUUGCGCAGGGACUGGCGAACUUCAUGGGGAGCGGCGACGCCAAGAGCCUCAAGAAGAGGCGCCCUGUGCAGAGCGUUCUGUUCCCAUCUGACGAUCGCAAGCGAAAGGAGAAGGAACCGGAGGAGGAAGAGGAGGAACCCAGGGAGGCGGCGGGCGAGGAGGAGCUCGCGGAGUCAGACGAUGAUCGUGACGACAACCUGGAGAUGGAUCAGGAGAUAGAGCAGUCACCGCCCCGAGAUUACUCAGAGGAAGAUGUUAACCCGUUCCUCUCGGAUGGCGAGGAGGGGGAGGAGACGUAUGACAUAGAUCAGCCGACAGAGUAG